AUUAGAUUAAAUCUCAUCUUCAAAUUUAUCUUUUAGAUAUUGUUCAAUGUUUUGGAAUUACUCAAGAUCCAAAUAAUAAAGAGUAUAUGAUGGUUAUAGAAUAUUAUAAAAAUGGAAAUUUGAGAAAUUAUUUAAAUAAAUCUAAAAAUUAUAUAGAUUAUAAAUCAAAAAGAUGAAUUACAACAAAUUGCAAGAGGACUUUUAGAUAUUCAUAAUGCUGAAAAAGUUCACAAAGAUUUUCAUUCAGGUAAUAUAUUAUUUGCAAGUGUUCCAUAUAUAAGUGAUUUAGGAAUGUGUCAACCAGCAAAUAUAAAACAAACAGUUAAAGAAGAAGGAAUUUAUGGUGUAUUACCACAUAUGGCACCAGAAGUUUUACGUGGAUACCAAUAUACAAAAGCAGCUGAUAUUUACUUAUUUGGAAUAAUAAUGAACGAAUUACUUUCUGAAGAAAUUCCUUUUAAUGAUAUUCCUCAUGAUGAUUUUUUAGCUAUUAAAAUAUGUAAAGGAUUUAGAACAAUUUCUAAAGACGUACCAAAGUUACUUACAGAUUUGAUAAUAAAUUGUUGGGAUGCUAAAAUAAAAAAUAGACCAAUCACUAAAGAAUUGUAUCAAUUAUUAAAUAAAUGGUAUGAUGAGAUUGAAGAUAUUGAAAAUAGUGAAGUUAUUGAAGGUAGUGAAUAUAGUGAAUAUAGCGAAGAUGGUGAAGAUGGUGAAGAUGUUAAAGAUAGUGAAGGUGUUAAAGAUAGUGAUGUUAAAGAUGGUGAGGAUGUUAAAGAUGGCGAAGAUGUUAAGUAUGGUGAAGACGUUAAAGAUAGUGAAGACGUUAAAAAUGGUGGAGACGUUAAAGAUGGUGAAGACGUUAAAGAUGGUAAAGAUGUUAAAGAUGGUGAAGAUGUUAAAGAUGGUGAAGAUGUUAAAGAUGGUGAAGAUGUUAAAGAUGGUGAAGAUGUUAAAGAUAGUGAUGUUAAAGAUAGUGAAAAUUGGGAAAAUAGUCAAAAUAGUGAAAUAUAUUUUCAGAUAACAUAAUGUGAUAAAAUUAGAGAAGAAAAAUUCAAAAAAAGAUCAAAUGAAGAUAAAUCCAGAAACUUCAAAACACAUUCACAAGCAAUUUAUACUAGUAGACUUUUAAAUUUCAAAAAUCUUCCAAAACCAGUAAAUUUUCAUUUCAAUUCAGUUUAGAUGCUAAUUAUACUGCUUAAUCAACAAAUCCAAGAAGUAUUUUCUUAAUCAUUA